AUGACAACAAAAGAGAUAUUAGAUAAACAGAAAAUAUAUAAUCAAGAUGAACUUAAUAAUAUGAAGAGAGAUGACUUGGUAGAGAUAAUGAAAGAAUACUCAUUAAAACAUAGUGGUUUAAAGAAAGAUAUGCUUAUCGAUGCGAUCAUUAAACAUCAAGAACAUCUUAUUGAUUUGAAAUCAAAGUUGGUUACAGACAACUCAAUCGAAAAGUAUCAUCGUGGAACUGUUGAAUAUCGAUUGCCAACAUUGAUCAUCUAUCGAAUCAUUCGUGAUCUCUGGCAUCAUAAUAUCGAUUUGAUUUUGAAUACAAAUCAACUUUGUUCAAACUACCGAUGGCUGCUCUCUAUUGGUUUGGUUUCGAAAGAGUUAUUCAAACUUAUAUCAUCGUUGUUCACUCGAUUCAAUCUUUUCUCAACCAAAACAACUAUUCACAUACAACUAUCUGCCUCUCCUUAUAAAACUUUAGCACAACAACUGAAGAACAGUGUUAUCAAUCCACUCUCAGUACUCAAGAAUAUCAAUUAUCUAACACUGUCAAUGGAUAUCUUCAGACAACUAACAGACAAGACGACAACAACAUGCACACCCAUUGAAUUAGAACUGAUCUUCAACAGUGUUACAAAGCUAAAGCUAUCAUAUGCUAGAGAUAUGCCGUUCCAAAUUCAACAUUGUUAG